AUGCUGCCUUUUCGUCGCGCUCUCGUCCGCUCACCACUGCGGAGCUUGUCCUACACGAAGCCGGCUACCCUCACGGCUGGCAUCACUGCCUCACCUCAACUUCGCGCUUCACCAAGUUCAGCUGCCGCUCGUCACCACUCUUCGAUUCUGUCAUCUCGACCCCGCACAUCUCUCAAUCGCAGCAUGGUAGCAUCGUCCUUGAGCGUACCCGGCUCGUCUCGCCAGCUCGCCACACCAGCCUCAGCGGCCCUCACUCUCGGCACCGGUCCCUUUGAGGGUCUUCCAGCCGGUUUCGAAAUUCGUGACACGCUCAAUGGCUCCAAGGCUGCUGCGCAGUAUGCUGUGUUCACCAAGGAUCUCGAGAUUUCCGCUCAAGAUGACUUGCGGUACCGUCUCGUCCGCCUUGCAAAUGGUCUAGAAGCGCUCGUUAUCCACGAUCCAAAGACCGACAAGUCGAGCGCUGCUAUGGACAUCCGCGUUGGCCACCUUAGCGACCCAGAGGAGCUUCAGGGUCUCGCUCACUUCUGCGAGCAUCUCCUCUUCAUGGGCACAAAGAAGUACCCGCGCGAGAACGAGUACUCGGAAUACCUUUCCAACCACUCGGGAGGCUCCAACGCAUACACUGGCAUGGACAACACCAACUACUUCUUCGACGUCUCUCCGGAUCACUUUGAAGGCGCUUUGGACCGCUUCGCUCAGUUCUUCCUCGAACCUCUCUUCGACCCUUCCUGCUCCGAACGCGAGGUCAAGGCUGUCGACAGCGAGCACAAGAAGAACUUGCAAAGCGACAUGUGGCGUGGUUUCCAGCUCGACAAGUCGCUCUCCGAUCCUUCGCAUCCCUACUCGCACUUUGGCACUGGUAACUACCAGACUUUGUGGGAGGAUCCCAAGAGCAAGGGUCUGGACCCACGCGAUGAGCUGCUCAAGUUCCACGACCAAUACUACUCUGCCAACGUGAUGAAGCUCGUGGUGCUCGGCAGAGAGGAUCUCGACCAGCUUACAGGCUGGGUCAUCGAAAAGUUCUCUGGCGUCCGCAACACCGGUCGUGAGCCGCCUCAGUUCGACCGAAGUCCUCUCACCGCACAGCAGCUGCAGAAGCAGAUCUUUGCCAAGUCGGUACGCGACGUCCGCAAGCUCAAGAUCGCCUUCCCCAUCCCGGACCAAGGUCCUCACUUUCGCUCAAAGCCCGGUCACUUUUUGUCGCACUUUAUCGGUCACGAGGGCGAAGGAUCCAUCCUCUCGCACCUCAAGAAGAAGGGUUGGUGCGAUCGUCUAUCUGCUGGCGCCUCGGGUGACGCAAAUGGCUUCGAGUUCUUCAAGAUCUCCAUCGACCUCACUCAGGAAGGCCUGCUGAACCACGAAAAGGUGGUCGAGUCCAUCUUCAAGUACAUCCACCUCCUUCGCACGAGCAACCUGGAGCAGUGGACCCACGACGAGGUCGCGCAGCUCAGCGAGCUCAUGUUCCGCUUCAAGGAAAAGAUCGAUCCCGCUAACUACGCCUCCAGCACGGCUGAACAGAUGCAGAUGCCUUAUCCCCGCGAGUGGAUUCUGUCCGGAGCCUGGCUCACGCGCGAUUUUGACCGCGAUCUGAUCAAGCAGACUCUGGAUCAGCUGAGGCCUCAGAAUUGCCGAGUCGUCGUCAUGGCCAAGACGUUGCCAGACGGCAGCACGACGUGGGAGAGCAAGGAAAAGUGGUACGGCACCGAAUACUCGAUCAAACCUUUGCCACAGCAGCUCUUGACGCAGACGCCGACCGAGUUCGAGGAUUUGCAUCUGCCCCGCCCGAACUCGUUCAUUCCUGCUAACUUUGAUUUCAAGGGCCCACUUGCUGAAGCCAAGGGUAAGAAGCCCACCCCACGACCUCAGCUCGUGCUCGACAACGAGAGCAUGCGCAUUUGGCACAAGCUCGACGAUCGAUUCGGUCUACCCAAGGCAAACAUUUUCUUCGUUUUCCGCAACCCGCUCAUCAAUGCCACACCUCUGACCUCGAUCAAGACGCGCAUGCUCAUCGAGCUCAUCUCGGAUUCGCUCGUCGAGUAUUCGUACGACGCUUCGCUCGCCGGGCUGAGCUACAUGCUCGAGUCGCAGGAUCAGUCGCUUGUUCUUUCGCUGAGCGGAUACAACGACAAGAUUCCUGUGCUGGCCCGCAGCAUCCUUGAGAACGUGGCCAAGUUCCAAGUCGACCCUCGUCGUUUUGAGCUGGUCAAAGAUCGUGUCAAGCGAUCUUACCAGAACUUUGCCAUCGAGGAGCCUUACCGGCAUGCCACAUACUACACGACGUACUUACUCCAAGAAAAGAUGUGGACGCCACAGGAGAAGCUGCGCGAGCUCGAGCAGCUCAGUGUUGCCGACGUACAGCAAUUCUUGCCGGACCUGCUGCAGCGCAUGCACCUCGAAGUCCUAGCUCACGGCAACAUGGCCAAGGAAGAGGCUAUCGAGCUGUCGAACAUGGCGUGGGACACCGUCAAGUCGCGACCCGUCAACAAAACAGAACUGAUCUCUAGCCGAUCGCUGCAGCUGCCCGAGAAGAGCAACAAGAUCUGGAACCUGCCCGUCACCAACGCUGCGAACGUCAACAGUGCCAUCGAGUACUACGUCCAGAUCGGCGAGCCUACCGACGUCUCGCUGCGUGCGACCCUCUCGCUCUUCUCUCAGAUUGCCAAUGAGCCCGUGUUCGAUCAGCUACGUACCAAGGAACAGCUCGGCUACCUUGUGUUCAGCGGUGUGCGACGCAGCACUGGCAGCCUCGGCUGGCGCGUCAUCGUCCAAAGCGAGCGUGAUGCACCGUACCUCGAGGGCCGCGUCGACGCUUUCCUCGACCAGUUCAAACAGACACUGGAGAAGAUGACCGAAGAAGAAUUCGCAGGACGCAAACGCAGCAUCAUCCACAAGAAGAUGGAGAACGUCAAGAAUCUGGUGGAGGAAUCCACGCGAUUCUGGUCGCCCGUAUUCGGCGGCACUUACGACUUUUUGGCUCGGUACGCAGACGUCGAGGCGAUUGCCAAGACGACAAAGGAGCAGGUGGUCGAUUUGUUCAUGAAGUACAUCCACCCGAGCAGUCCUACGAGGAGCAAGCUCUCCGUGCACCUCAAUUCGACCGCUUCACCCGCACUUCGCUUUUCCGCAAAGGCGGUUGAUGCGCUCGAGCAAGCUGUCAACGCACAAGGCCUUCCUGUCCCCAAGGAGGCAUUCGACGCACUGCGAACACAGCAGCCAGCUAUCGAAACAGUCAAGGACAUGGCAUCGCAAGCCCUGGCUCAGGCUCCUACACCAAUGCCGGCUGACGGGGUCAAGCAGAUGCUGCAGUUGGUGGACAGCCUAGCUUCGCAGUUCCCCUUCGAGGACGCUUCUGCUGUCAAGGCGGCACCUGCGUCCAUCAAAGUGGAAAGCGCAAUCAAGCCUCAAGACGUGACAGACGCAACGGCUUUCAAGGCCCAGCUCAACCCGUCGAAAGCUGCGGUCCCUGUCAAGUCGUUUGAGGAGCUCGCAAAGGAUCCCAGUGAAGAGGGAGAAGAGCUGGCCAAGAUCGCCGAGGCUGUGCUCAGGAAGACUGGUGCAGGCUCGAUCGAGGACGGCGAGCCCAAGGCCAACUUGUAA